CAUCGCGAAUAACCUACAGUAGACGAAGCACGAUCAUCCUACCUGUGACAUCACACUGCUGUAACUCAUAAGUUUUUUCUAGCCGAAUAAAAAACAAGUUCUUUCACAAAUCGCUUUAAAACGGAUAGCAUUGUCCUCUCAUUUCUCAGCCAUGGUUGUGCACUAAGAAAGGGGAAACGCAAAGUUACUCCGGUCCUACUUCCUUCCCCCAGAUUCAAGGUGCUUGUCCUGUCCCCUCUGCCUGUUGCCCCAAUCCUCCCAGUUCCGCACUGUCAUGACCAGGUGUCACCGCUCCUCCUGCACCUCACUUCUGCUCUUAGCCCUCCUCAGCGUCGCCCCCCAGCUGCCCGCCAGCGCCGCCACUCUGCCCGCCAGCGACAGCCCCUCCAGCAGCAGCGCCAGUGGCAUCAGUGGCCCUCAUGACAUCCAAGUCCAGCAGCUGGCACAGGCGGCAGCAGCCAUGGUUGGGCAAGGCGCCAUCAGGACGCACCGCAGAGGGGGCGGCGAUGACGAGAGCGGCGUCCGUGGCGUGCUGGCCGCCUCGGAGCGGAGCUCGCCACCCUCCCCAGACGUGAGUGCAGCCUGGGCACUGGCCUCCCUUUUGAUGGACUCGAUAGACCAUCCGAGGAAAGAGGUGGAGGUGGAGGAGGAGGAGGAGGAGGAGGAGGAGAGGGGGCCAGAGAGGGAGCGUGCGGCAGACUCAGAUGGCGAUGACAAGGGCAUUAGUCAGGAGGGAGUCGGCAGAGAGCAGCUGGGAUAUACUCAAGAGCGGAUGAAAGAGGAGGAGGAGGAGAGCAUGGAGACGCUGAGAGAGCAGGUCAACAUGGCCGCUCGCGAGCUGGCGGAUUACAAAGGCCCGUCGGACGAACGUGGGCAGCAGUGGGGAGAGGUGGAGAGAGAUCAAAACUCAACUGUGACCCAAAAGGGGAGUCAGCUGAGGGAGGGGGUGGUGGCUGAGAAGGUGAAGGAGGAGGAGGAGUUGAGGGAGGAGGAGGAAAGGAGUUUUGAAAGGCAGGUAGACAACAUGGCCAACGACCUGUCCAAAACCAGCACAAACAGGGAUGCUGGCAAGCUCCAGCGCGAGACUAGAGGCUACUUCCAGAACAUUGACCUGGGCCUCCAGGACAAUGAGAUUCUUCCGCCACUGAAGGGUUACAAGGCGUACAACCAGCAACUGGCCCAGGCCACCAAGAAGCUCAAGUGGCAGGAGGACAAGACGAAAGAGCCACCAGCGGCGGUGGCGGCCGCAGCACCAGGCUACGAACGGAACUUCAUGGACGACUUUGAGCAGGUGGCGGACGAGGAUGAGGAUGCGGCGCGGGAGAAUGAGGAAGCGCGUGCACGGGCGGAGCAGGAGGAGCUGCUACGUCAGCAGGCGGAAGCAGAGGCAGCGCGGGACGAGGAGCAGCGCCUGGCCGACAUCGCCUCCGACAUGCUCCUGGAGUACAUGGACCGCAAGCAGCAGACGUCCUUCACCAAGCAGCGGCAGAAGGCCAGCAUCCUGGGUAACAUGGCCGAGGACAAGCGCUCCAACGAGGUGGAGAGUGACGAUGACGACGGAGACAUGGACCUCCAGACCAUCGACCGGCUGAUCGAGAUCUCCAGCAAGCUGCACCUGCCCGCCGACGACGUCGUGGAGAUCAUCAGCGAUGUCGAGGAGAAGAAGAGGAGGAAGGACAACCCCGCGGUCAGUGUCCCUCGCUUCCGGCCCCUCGUGGCCCCCUCGAGACCCCAGACUCCGCUCUACAAGUAUUCCCCACCCCCCGCCCCCCCAAAAAUCUCCAAACCCUCCAAACCCUUCAAGAGCGUCAAUCCGUACAAAAAAUGGUACAAGGAGAAGGGCAAAUCCAAGGUGUUCAAACAGGAUUACUGGUUUAAGCCGGCCAAACAAUUUAUGGCCUAUCCUUCUUAUCCAUAUUACCAAAAGCCAUAUCGAGCCUAUUACCCUGUAUACUUCCCCCCACCUAAGCCUCGCCUCUAUUCAAAGCCAGCAUUUGCAUACGAUUAUAACUUUGAGGACUCACUGGACUAUGGCAUCAAGCCGCCCAAGCGCAGAAACAUGAACAAACUUAAGGGGAAGGGGCAGAGCUGGAAGGUUAUGCCUAUGGGGCCCCCUUCCCCGUACAUUUCCAAUUACAUUAUGCCCCAUCCUCGGACAUAUUACUCUCUCCCCAUGCCAAAACCACAGCCCCCGGCCAACAGGAGACCUGCGUCGUCCUACUAUUACCCCCAAGAUUACGAUAACGUGGAUCUGGGGGAACAGCAGGAAAACGAUGAAGAACUGGAGAACUUUAUAGAGAAAAUAUACUUUCACCGUCGAAUCUUUUAGUGCAAUCUGACCGCUGAGAUAAUAAAGGAGAGAUCAGAGCUUGGUAUGAGGGGGAGGGGGAAUUGAAUUGAUUUAUUUUUUUGGUUAAUGUAAAUGUUGUUAUAGUUAUGAUGGUUUCAGGUUUCAUUCUUGAUUUAGUCAGUAUUUUUAAAAACAAAUCAGGACAGGAUGAGAUGUCAUUCACAUGUUGAAUCCUCUUUUAUAAACAUUCCAUUCUCUCACAGUUUACACGUUUUUUCGGUGAGAGAAUGCUCUGCUGUAUGCAUCAUGACAUGCAAGGGGGAGAGAGAGUUCACUGUGGUCUGGCUCUCAAUCACUUGCACAUAAUGGAGUCUUUGGCAUACUGCAUGCAAGAGACUUACGUUUACACAUACAGAUGAUUUUUGUUUCAUCAUCAUUGAAAAUGUGAUACUACCCAAAUGUUCAUACCAAAAGUAUCGCAUUUUUUAAAACCAUUAUUUUUUCCCCCCUUGAACAGCACUGAGGGAGUUAUAUUAUAACAUAUGCCAUUUUUUCCUGUUGAAAUAUUGUUAUAUGUUGCAAAUUACAAUGUAACACUCAUCUGAGUUGUUUUGAGUUUCUCUCGUACAAUGUACUCUUUUGAAUAUGAUUUUGAAUAUGAUUCAGCAGCCUAUACAAAAUUGUAUUGCCUAUAUGAAUAUUCUCCAUUGAUAAUCAAUGCUUUUAUGGAAUUGAAUUGAAACUUUGUACUUUGUUGUACUGCACUGUCAUUUAAGUUUAUGUUAAUUAUUUAUUGCAAUUUCAUCACUCAUUUAUCCACUCUUUUAACUCAUAUCUGCUAUCAUUUGCCAUUGCAAGUUCACAUGAAGUCCUGAAAUAAAUAAUGUAUUGCGCCAGA